AAGAAAAGAGAAUUUCUCAAAUGGGAGUAUGGAGGGAAGACACCUGGCAGUGGACACUUCAUUGGAGACGAUCGUUGUAUGAGUGGGAGAAAGACAAUCUCACCGAGAUGCUGGGACUAAUCAACAACUUACACCCAAUCAAAGACCAAACAGACCACUGGGAGUGGAAACACAACAAAGAAGGAGAAUACUCAGUCAAAACAGCUUACGGUCUCCUAUCCAAUAACAUCGACAACAGCAGAACUCAGAUGCAUAAAGGGACAUGGAGCAAACUCAUUCCCACAAAAAUCAGUGCAUUUGGUUGGCAAGUCCUGCAGAAUAAAAUACCCACAAAGCUCAACUUGUAUCAGAGGGGAAUUAUUCCUGACAAUAGCCUGAUGUGCGGUUUGUGUGAUGAUGACAUUGAAGAUACCAAUCAUCUGUUUAUUCAUUGUAGAGUGGCUCACUCAGUAAGAAGCAAAUGUGCAAGAUGGUGGAGGUUUCUCACGGCUCACCCAAAGUCAUGCCAAGAGGACUUCGAGCAGCACAGGUCUCCCAUAAAAGACUCAUCAGUUCAAGCUGGAUGGGAUGUG